UCUCCACCGUGUCCAACUCGGGAUCUAACAGCGCGUGCAUAACAGGCGGCGUUUGUCUAACGCCUGACCCAAAAAACAGUAAAACUGAUUUUACUGCAGGUUGGAGCACAUGGCAAGCACGAGCGAUGCCCAUUUCCUCCUAGUUGCUUCGCCGCGAAAAGGGCAGCUGGAAAUUGCGGUGAACUCUAGAGUCGGAUCUGAAACUCUUUUUUGGGUCUCUGAGAAGGUUAAAUCUCAAGUGGCUCCCAACCGAGUAGAUCAAAUCUAUCGCAGUUGGGAAUCAUCGGUUGUUUAUGGUGCGUUGCUGAAAAUUGUAUUUAGAUUCUCAGACCCAAAUAAGGGGCUCCGAGCAGCAAUCAAAAUCAAGGGGGAAGUGAGCUGCUUCAGCUGUUGUGAUGAAGAUGAUAUGCAUAAAGCAACUGACAAUGGAGGUGCUUACAUGAUGAACCUGCAAGUAAUGCUCACCAUCCUAGAGUCUAGGUCUUGUGUUGAAUCUUGGGAAUGUUUAAUUAUGCAAGCAUUUCACUGAUAUGAUCCAGCUUCUUAAGCAACAAAGAAUGUAUUCACUUAUCAUAAUCUU